AUGUGGCAAACAUCUGGUGAGCCUUCAGCAAUGAUAAAGCUGCACAACGGUUUCAGGCCACCAACACCUAUGAACCCACCGACGGCUAAGCUGGCGAGGAGCUUUCCUAGUGACGUGAAGAGGUGGCGUAGUGAGGGCAGCGAUUAUAACGCCUCCAUUCUCUCUCGAACCGUGAAUAUUGACAACCUCAUGGAAGAUCAAAGCGACGUGAUUACGAAUGAUCUUAUCACUGAAGAAGAAGAUCCGCCUCCAUAUCCAUUCAGCCACUGCUACAUGAAUAUCGACGGAUUCAUGUGCUGUAAUCGUUUUCUGGAAUCGUUGAUGCGCAAGACAUUCCGUAAACUUCGAAUAGGACAUCAUUUUCAUGAAUGCAGCGUUCAGAAGAUCGCCAACAAAAUUCAGAGCGACUCAGAACAUGUGUUCAACACCACGUUCGAGACAGUGGUCGGCAUCGACGAUUUUGCUAUUCGAGCACAUUUCGCUGGCGAUCUGAUGUGUAAAAUCCAAGAAGGAGGGCGAUUUAUCACCAACUAUGCGACAAUGAUGCCGUCAAGAACCGGCGUACGACCUGAUCCGUUGGCUGUGGUGACGAACAUGGAGAUAAACACACGGGAUGGGAACAGUGUAAAGCCAUCGCCUAAAGAUUUUCCCAUUCCAAAGCAACUGGACGGCCCCAUUCAACACGUGCAAGUUCCCGACCAGCAUCGUCCACGAAUAAUCAAGGAGAAUAUCCCUUUUCAUGAGAAAUCUCGAGAAGACAUUGAGAACGACAACCUCAUUACAAGAAGGUGA